AUGGUCCCAGUCCCAGUCCCGGCGCAGGCAGCUAAGGAGCCCUUGAUUCUACCAUAUGUUCACCUCACCGCCUUCUCGACACAUAUCGCUGGCGGUAACCCGGCUGCCGUUGUCCUGCUCUCGCCUGAGCAGGAUGCCCUACUCUCAGACUCCUCGAGACAAGCAAUUGGCGCGAACUUCCACCAGCCGAUGACCGCAUUCAUCGUUCCACGUGAGGAAGGUCUUGAUGAACUUCCUGCUAAUGCGCGCGCAUUCAACAUCCGGUACUUCACCGCCAGCUUGGAGCCCGGAUUGUGCGGCCACGCGACACUCGCGACGGCGGCUGCGCUUUUCGCCGAUCCUGCUCGCGUGCCUUCGGAGGUUGACACGCUCUACUUUCACGCGACUAACGGGGUGAUCGUCGCGCGAAAGGCAGAAGAAGGGCGCGUUGAGAUUGCGAUCGCUGCGGGGCGGCUCGAGCCACUCGCUGUUGAGGACCCUAGAGCCGUCGGACUUCGAGCUGCAUUGGCGCGCGCGCUUGGACCCGAUGUCAAGGUCGAGUUCAUGGGUGCCGGACUGGGUCAUCUUGACUUCUACUGUCUCGUCGAAGUCGCCACACGCGACCUGCGUUCUCUACCGGUGAAAAUCACCGAGCUGGUCGACUCUCCGUUUAUGGUGCACGUCCUGACCACUUCUUCCGAAGACCCCAAGGUCGCUUUCGAGUCGCGUAUGUUCGCGCCCGCCGCGAGUGUUCCCGAAGAUCCGGUCUGCGGGACGGCUCACACGCUCUCUACGCCGUACUGGGCGGACAAGCACGGGCUCCACGCGCAAGUCAAGGGAAGUGGGAUACUUGCGCGACAAGUGAGCCCGCGUGGUGGAGAGCUCAGGAUACGAAUCGAUGAGGAGGGUCUUGUUCGUCUUGCCGGGCCAGUCACCAUUAUCUCGCGCGGAGAACUCUACGUCUAA